AUGGCCAACCAAGAUUCACAGAGCGAUUCACUGGUAUGUCAACAGUGUCACCAACCACUUCAUUUAGAUCCUUCGUUAUCUUCCCUAACUCCCUCACAAUAUUCACUCAUCACCUCUGCUCUUCCUUCCCCUUCCGGCCCAUCCCCCUUAUCUCCCACAGCUAAACUCUCCUCCUUGCCUUCUUCAUCACGUCAAUCAGCAUCCAUAUGGGCCACUGCCAACGGUCUCGAACCACCCAAUAAAGGUGUGGCAGAAUCGUUCGUCCUCUUGUCUGAAUCAGCUGUUACUCCAAGUCCAGCACUCGUCUCUCCUGGUCCAGUCAGUGCAUCUCAUCUACAUGCUUUAUUAUCGAGCAGAACACCGAUAAGUCAUCCAUUAUGUUUAGACUGUGCGGGGUUAUUGCAAUCUGAACUAGCGAGACAGAGGGAAGACUUAGCCAAGGAACGUGAUGGCUAUAUCGCUUUUGAGCGUGGAUUAUCGAGAGCAAGUAGAAAGGCGGAAAAGUCAACUGGAGAUAAGAGGGAUGAGAAAGGCUUAGGGGAGUAUGGUCUCGAAGGAGAUGAUAAAGAAUGGGAAGAGUUGAUGAGAAAGAAAGUCGAGUUGCAAGGGGAAGAAACGAGGUUGAUCAAACUUUUACAAGAAAAGGAAAAGGUUUUGGAAAGUGUGAGAGAAGAGGAAGAGAGGAUAAAGGUUGAGAAGGCUGAGAUGGAUAGGGAGGAGGAUGAAUUCCUCCUUUCCCAUCUUUCCCUCACUCGUACAAUGACCAAACUCACAUCGGCUCGUGGAACGGCGAAAACUCAACAUCUCCUAGCAUCUACCCUUCUACAACAUCUGGAAUCUACCAACGUAUACAACGAUGCUUUUCUCAUAGGUCACGUUCCUCUCUCCGGAAAUGCAGGAAUGACCGUCGGUACCAUUAACGGUUUGAGACUGGGUGGAAGACCAGUGGUGGAAUGGGAAGAGAUUAAUGCUGCUUGGGGAUUAGUAGCUUUAUGUUUGGAUAGGAUAGCUGUGAAAGUUGGAUGUGUUUUCGAAGGUUAUAAAAUCAUCCCACUUGGAUCUUUCUCCCGAAUCGACGCUUUACCACCUUCCAAAGCCUCUUUCGAAUUAUACGGUUCAACAGACCUUUCGUUAUCCCCCGCAAGAUUAUUACAUAACAGGAGAUUCAACCUCGCUCUUAUAGCCUUUCUCGAUUUAUUGAAACAAUUAUUAUCACACGGUUGGAAAUUAUCACGUUCUUGGGAUAAAAUAGCAGGAUAUUCUAUAAAGUUACCUAGUUUGACAAUGGGUAUGGGAAGUAUGAUGGGUUUUAAUAAUGAUGAUCAUUCUGGUGGGGAAGAUCAAUGGACUAGAGCUUGUAGAGGUGUUUUGGUGGUUUUGAAAAGAAUUUUGAUUUUGGAGAGUGAAAGUGAAAGGGGAUGA